AUGGAUCCAGCUGCAUGUCGCUUCCACCAUCCUCACGAGCUUCCGGCUUUCGAGGUCCCACCGCCGUACAAUUCUCCCUCUGUCCCGCUGGAGCCUCCGCCGGACUAUGAGGCCGCCGUUGCGGGCAGUGAUGCCGCCUCCCAGUCGUCGCAGUACGCGCUCUUCACCCGCCAGGCCAUAACGCUGAGCAUUGAAGGCCGGCAUGUCUACUCGUCUUUGUCCAAGCCAAAGCCCAUCUACAGCUUGACGCACGAACUCGAUGGCCACGAGCUAAGCCUCAAUGGCAUUCUCCUAACCCGAAUCGACCGGCAGUCGUCUGCAGGAGAAGAUGACCAGCCAGUCAGAAAGCGGGAUGUCUUUGCCCUGCGAGAUGCGCCACAGCUUCACCUCGGCCCGGCAAAAUACGAAAUCGACGGCCUGCGAUGUCUGUCUGGCAAAAAAGGCUAUAUGAACAAGACCUGUACGAGGAGUGGCCAGGGCUGGAGCGCCGGCGGUUGCGGCUUGCCUUCCUUCGGCCUUCGCCCGACUUCGAACCCUGGCGUUGAUGCCGCCAUGUACGAAUGGCGGGACAAGUCGAGCGAUCAUAUCAUCGCAAUAGAGACUCGCCGGCGCUGGGAUAAGAAGAACAAGAUCGAGGUUUCGCCGCCCAUGAUGGAAUUAAAAAUUGGUGCCAACGUCGAUAAAAGUUACCUUGAUUUUCUUGUAGCUUCAUGGUGCAUCCAUAAUUGGAGAGAAGCAAAAGAGCUCACAAAGGAGCCUCUUACCUGGGAGGAAUGUCAGUAUCUACCUAUUGUUAUUGUUGGUGGAAGAAAUCGUGGCGCUAACAUGUUUCUGGGUAAUAGUCAAAGGCCAGGCCAGGGUCACCGCCUCUAG